ACUGGACUUUGGUUUCGGUCAAAAAUUUACGUAUAGUUUAAUACAAACAUACGAAAAUUCUCAAGAUUAUUACAAUAAAACCCCUUAUAUUUUCCAAUAUUUUCUAAUUUACCAUCUGAUCAAAACAAAAACCCUCAUCCCUGUCUCCCCCACUCUCGUAACCCUCUCUCGCAACUCGCCGGUUGUUCUUCCUAGCCCCUCUCUUCCGCCGUACGUUCUUCCGGUAGCCUCUCUCAGUAUCUCUUUUCUCCUCCCUCGUGCAGUGGACGCCUGGACGGAAUCAUUCUUGUCAUCUCUGCUCUGGUCGUCUCUACAUCUCUGCAUUCUCCAGAUUCCACUCCAGGUUUUAAAAGCUUCGGAAUUCCUGCUAUACCCUCAUAAAUUUCUCCAGCGGCAACGGUGAGAGUUGGAGGCUUGGAACACACAGUACCAGCGGCAGCUUGAAGGGUGGGAGCUAAAGCUUGGCAAACAAGAAAGAAUAUGAGGUAGUGCAAUAUUUAGUGUAACAAUGCUGGCUCGGUUUAUUCUAUCUCGGAAAUAUGGCACUGGUAUUGCAAUUUCCGCCAAUUCUCAGAUUGCUCAGUAUGCUCGGGUUGGCCAAAUUGAGAAAGCCCGAAGGGUGUUUGAUCAAAUGCACGAUAAAAAUAUUGUGUCUUGGAACUCAAUGGUGGGAGGUUACUUCCAAAGUAAUCAGCCAGGAGAAGCCCGGAGGUUGUUUGAUAAAAUGCAGGAGCGGAAUACAGUUUCUUGGAAUGGUUUGAUAUCUGGGUAUGUCAAGAAUGGGAUGUUUAGUGAGGCUAGGAAAGUGUUUGAUUCAAUGCCCGAAAGGAAUAUUGUUUCGUGGACGUCGAUGGUUCGAGGGUACGUGCAAGAGGGUAUGAUUUCGGAGGCUGAAUCACUCUUCUGGGAAAUGCCUGAAAAGAAUGUUGUUUCGUGGACAGUGAUGUUGGGUGGCCUGAUUCAAGAGGGUAGGAUUGAUGAUGCCCGUAGGCUUUAUGAUAUGAUGCCUGACAAGGAUGUCGUGGCAAGGACGAAUAUGAUUGGUGGGUAUUUUCAGGUUGGACGUUUGGCUGAAGCACGUGAGAUUUUUGAUGAGAUGCCGCGUAGGAAUGUUGUUUCCUGGACUAUGAUGGUAUCUGGAUAUGUGCAUAACCAACAAGUGGAUAUUGCUAGAAAGCUUUUUGAAGUGAUGCCAGAGAAAAAUGAGGUGUCUUGGACAGCAAUGCUGAUAGGUUACACUCAGUGUGGACGGAUCAUAGAGGCUUCAGAGCUUUUUCAAGCAAUGCCUAUUAAGUCAGUUGUUGCUUGUAAUGCCAUGAUACUUGGGUAUGGUCAAAAUGGAGAGGUAGCUAAGGCAAGGGAAGUUUUUGAUAAUAUGAGAGAUAGGGAUGAUCGGACAUGGAGUGCGAUGAUUAAAGUUUACGAACGGAAAGGUUUUGAAUUGGAAGCCCUUGACUUGUUUGCUUUGAUACAAAGAGAAGAUAUAAGGCCGAAUUUCCCUUCUUUGAUAAGUGUUCUAUCUGUUUGUGGCAGCUUGGCGAAUCUUGAUUUUGGUCGACAGAUUCAUGCCCAGUUGGUGAGGAACCGGUUUGAUCUUGAUGUAUAUGUUGCUUCAGUAUUGAUGACAAUGUAUGUUAAAUGUGGCAACCUUGUGAAGGCAAAACAGGUGUUUGACAGGUUUUCUGCAAAGGAUAUUGUUAUGUGGAACUCAAUGAUCACUGGUUAUGCCCAACAUGGUUUAGGAGAUAAAGCUCUACAAGUGUUUGAUGAGAUGUGCUCUUUGGGCAUAGCAGCAGAUGAAAUCACCUUUAUUGGAGUUCUUUCAGCGUGUAGCUAUAGUGGGAAUGUAGAAAAAGGUCUUGAGAUUUUUGAAACGAUGAAAUCAAAGUACCAGGUGGAGCCAGGAACUGCACAUUUUGCAUGUAUGGUUGAUCUGCUUGGUCGAGCAGGGCAAGUAAAGGAGGCAAUGGAUUUAAUUAAUAGGAUGCCAGUGGAAGCAGAUGCGAUUGUUUGGGGUGCCUUAUUAGGUGCAUGCAGACAGCACAAGGAAAUGGACUUGGCGGAAGUUGCAGCAAAGAAACUUACAGAGCUUGAGCCUGAUAAAGCAGGGCCUUACGUCUUGCUAUCAAAUAUUUAUGCAUCCCAGGGUAGAUGGCAUGAUGUUGCAGAGGUGAGGGAAAACAUGAGAGCAAGAAGUCUUCGCAAGUCACCUGGCUGUAGCUGGAUUGCGGUGGAGAAAAAUGUACAUAUGUUUACUGGGGGAGAGAGCACGGGACACCCAGAACAUGAGAUGAUCAUGAGAGAGUUACAGAGACUGGGUGUAUUAUUAAGAGAAGCUGGUUACUGCCCUGAUGGGAGCUUUGUAUUGCAUGAUGUAGAAGAAGAAGAGAAGGCGCACAGCUUGGGUUAUCAUAGUGAGAAAUUGGCCAUAGCAUAUGGGCUUCUGAAGGUGCCAAAAGGGAUGCCAAUUCGUGUGAUGAAGAACCUUCGGGUUUGUGGGGAUUGCCAUUCUGCAAUUAAAUUAAUAGCUAAAGUUACACAGAGAGAGAUUGUUUUGAGGGAUGCUAACAGAUUUCAUCAUUUUAAGGAUGGUGUGUGUUCUUGCAGAGACUAUUGGUGAUUCCAAACUUAUGGGGAUACAUCCUGGGACAGUCUGGUUUUGAGACAGGAAUUGUGCCUACCGGAGUUAAUUGACCAGGACAGAAAUUGAUACUUCCAGAUAAUGACACCUAUAUAUAGAACCAAGAGGAGAACUUGCUAAAACUUUGUUGGUACAUGGGGAGAACUUUCAAAUACGAUAACUUGUAUGCACUAGCUAUCCAAAAAAGCUUGUAAACUUCAAGGUGUAAGGCCUACAAUGAUGGUUCUGGAUUUGAAACGGUUUUGAAGUACUUAUGCUUGUGCGAAAAUGGCAUGAGGUGAAAAUUUUCUCGUGUGGAGGGCUGGAACUUGACAUGAAUGAUACACAGUGAGAUCAGCCGAGGAAGGCGAACAUAGAGCUUUUGUUGCCCUGAAGUUCAUUCAAGAAAGGUCAUCUUUUAAAUACUUUUAAAUUUCCCUGGUUCCUAGCUUAAGGUGAUCUCUUUGGGAUCAAACUUAUAGUUUCCUCUAUGCCCUGCUAUCAACUACCAUGCUAGCGAGUGCACUUUUGCAUGCAUGGUUGAGUUUGUCAAAGAGGUUUCCCGCCAAUUGAAUGGUUGGGAUGUUAGUAUAAAUAAAUUAUACUUGUAAAAUAUUUGAAGGGCAUCACUGAUAUUGACAAUUUUUGUAUAAACUUGUUGAUUUCUCUCCUUGCUGGAAACCCGUUAUUGAUUGUUUGCACAUCGGUUGCUGCCGAAAACAGCGUUGAAACAAAAGCAUUUUGCACUGUA